AGCUCGUAUAUUUGUGCAGUUCGGACAAGAGUUCGCGUUCGGUGCGCGCAAAGCGAAGCGUUUUAUCGUGCGAUUUUGUUGCUGCGAAGUGUUUACCGUUGACGCGUUCCAAUUUCUUCGUUGAGCUUCGUCGCGAAAUCAAUUUCGAAAGUUUUUUUUUCUCGCUAUUUCAACAACCCUUGUGGCGGGAAAAAUUUAUUGUGCCCGGUGGAGAGAAAAUUUCGUAAAUUUUCCAUAAUUUUUUUCAUCGACGACGUCGAUCUGUUGUGUUCAAUUGUGUGUGUGUGAGGCCGACUUGUGGCUGGAAAAUUAUAUUAAGUAUUAUAUUGUCAGUGUAAUUUGAAAAUGUGCGCUUGAUGCGACUUACAAGUGCGGUGCAGUUUAGUUGGUUGUUGCAGUGCAAUUCGCGUAGAAUUUUUUCGAGUUUUUAGUUUGUAUUAUUCUUUAUAUACUUAUGGUGAUGGUCGAGUUAUGAUGUGAUGUAUUGAUACACGCACCGAUAUUGUUGUGGUAUCGUCGUCGCCUCCUUUGAUCAUCGUAUUUUACUGUAAAAUACAAACGUCGCGCUGUUCAAUUCUCAACGUUUUUCGGAAUGGGGUGUUUCGGAAGCAAAGAUAAGCUAUCGAAGGAAGAUAUGGAUUUCUUGAAGUCUCACACUCGUUACGACGAAAGCACAAUUAAAGAAUGGUACAAAGGAUUCAAACAAGACUGCCCAAACGGGAGGUUAACGCCAGCUAAAUUUGUCGAUAUGUACAAGAUGUUUUUCCCCAGUGGAAACGCCGAAGAAUUUUGUGAUCAUGUCUUCCGAACUUUCGACAUGGAUAAAAACGGAUAUAUAGAUUUUAAAGAAUUUUUAUUGGCAAUAGACGUGACGUCAUCUGGUACACCUGAAGAGAAAUUAAAAUGGGCGUUCAGAAUGUACGACGUUGACGGUAACGGCGUUAUAGAUAUUCAAGAAAUGACUAAAAUCGUUCAAGCAAUAUACGACAUGUUGGGCGCCUGCUCGUCUAACAGACCGGCCGACUCGGCCGAAGAACGAGCCAAAAACAUAUUCGCCAAAAUGGACGAAAACAACGACGGCCAACUAACUCAAGAGGAAUUCUUAAAAGGCUGCCUUCAAGACGAAGAAUUAUCCAAAAUGCUGGCACCGUAAUCAGUACAUUUAUAAUCUUGUACACUACCUUUACCUAACUAAGUAUAACUACUACGUACUCGUGUAAUAACAACUCGAAGACGAAUCUACCAACAUCCGACGACGCAAACGGAGUAAUUCUUCGCUGUACCAACCUUUAGUUAUUAUCGUUAAUUGUUUUAAAUGUUUUCGAAUUUUUUUCGCUGUUUACAAAGUUUUUCGUUCGUUGUUUUUCUCCUUUUUCCUCCCUCCUUCUUCGUCCCCUCUUUAUUAUUAUUAUUUUUCCUGCCCCCCAUCGCCCCUUAUAUACCCCCGCCCCCUUUUUUCCAAUUACGAUUAGUUCGUUGUUCAUUGAAUUCUCUCUCUAUCUCUCUCUCGAUCGCUUGGCUACGUUAUACAUAGUUACGUUUUUUUUCUUCUAUUAAUGUUAUGGUUAAUCGAUAUGAUAGAUUGAGUUGAUAGGUGACUUGUGUUCGUUGUUUUGGGUUAUUUGGUUUUGUUUUUGUUUUUUUUUUUCGAAUUUUUUUUUGUUAUUGUUUAUGAUGCGGUUAUUGUGCUUGUAAGAAGGUAUAUUUUGGCUGCCAAAAUUCGACUCGAGACAAUAAUUUCGGGUUUUAUCUGAUCCCCUCCCCUCUUUUUUUGGACAAAUUAAAUGUAUCGUCUUCGCAGGGUGUCUCAAAAGUUUUCCUUGUUGCAAAUGAUUCGAAAAUGGGUGAAAGUAGUGAGACGAUUAUGCUGACGUAAAAAGAAGGAUGGAAAAUUAAUUAGGUUUUUCCUCGUCUCCGUUUUGGGAACCAUUGAACUGGUUUCAAAAAUACUCCACCGAAAUGAUCAAUUGAUUUAGGACCUCUUCAGAUUUUAAUUUGGGAUUUUUUGGUCUUUAUUUUUUUUAAUUGAAGAUUUUGCGAACCAUUGAAUCAGUUUUGAAACUAGUCAAAAAAAUAAUGAACAUCUUCAUAAUUUUGACGUGAGAUUUUUUUCUUGUUUUUAAUGUUUUAUGGAUAUUUUGGGAACCACUGAACCGAUUUCAGCAGUACUAGAACAAAAAAAUGAACUAAUUUGUAACUCUUGAGACUUUGAUUUGAAAUUUUUUCGCCCUUCAAUUUUGAUGAAUAUUUUAGGAAUCACUGAACCAGUUUUAAAAUUGGGCGGUUGAACCAGACAUCGAAUCGAUUUCUGGACCGUUUCGGGUUUUAAUUUGGAAUUUUUUCUUUCCUUUAUUUUUUUAUGGAUAUUUUGUUAAUCUCUGAACUGGUUUCAAAAAAUACAUUAGUUCAAUGUCCAAACAAUUUUUCAGUCCUUUUCGGAUUCUGUUUCAUGAUUAUUUUCUUCGGUCUUUGGAAUUCUAUGGAUCUGCAACAAUGCUUAUAAUGAAUUGAGUUUUUACCCUCUUCAAUUUUGUUUCAAAAGCACUGAAUUCAUUUUUGACCCUCCUCAGGUUUUUACUUGUAAAUUUUUCCGUGUUUUCUUUUUUCAUUGGCAUUUUGGGAAGGACUGAACCAGUUUCAAAAGCUUGGGAACCACUGAACUGGUUUCAAAAUUACUGGAAUAAGAUAAUGAAUUGAGUUUUUACCCUCUUCAGUUUUAGUUUGAGAUUUUUUUCUUGUCUGUAUUUUUUGUGGACAGUUUGGGAACCACUGAACCGGUUUCAAAAGCACUGAAUUUAUUUCUGACCCUCCUUAUGUUUUUACUUUCAUUUUUCAUGGACAUUUUAGGGAGCACUGAACCAGUUUCAAAAGCUUGAGAACCUCUGAACUGGUUUCAAAAUUACUGGAAUAAGAUAAUGAGUUGAUUUUUAGCCCUCUUCAGUUUUAGUUUGAGAUUUUUUUCUGGUCUUUAUUUUUCGUGGGCAGUUUGGGAACUACUGAACCGGUUUCAAAAACCCUCGAGCAAGAAAAAAUGAAUUGGGUUUGGCCCUCAUCAGGUUUUGACUUGUAAUUUUAUUCGUGUCUUCAUUUUUCACGAAGAGUUUAGGAAGCAUUGAACCGAUUUCGAGAGUACACAAAACAAAACAAAACAAAAUUCGAUUUCUUCGGGUUUUGAUUUGAAAUUUUUUCUCGUCUUAUUCUUGGAGGAGCUUUUAGGAACCACUGAGCCAGUUUUGAAAAUACUUGAACAAAAUAACGACUUGAUUUCUGAUCGUAUUGGGGAUUUAAUUUGAGAUUUGUUUCAUGUCUUUUUUUUCAAUUAGAACUUUGGGAACCAUUGAACCGGUUUCAGAAGCACUCGCUCAUUUUUCAAUUGAAAUUUUGGGAACCACUGAACCUAUUUGAAAAAGUACUUGAUCAAAAUGACAAAUAAUUUUUAACCAAUUCGGAAUUUCAAUUUGGAAUUUUUUCUUGUCUUUAUUUCUUGGUAAAAUUUUGGGAACCACUGAACCGGUUUCAUGAAUACUUACUCGAACGAAAUAACGAAUUGGUUUCUGAUAAUUUACGAUUUUUUCAUGUCCUCUUUUUUCAGUCAAAAUUUUGGAAACCAUUGAACCGGUUUCAAAAGCACUCAAUCAUUUUUUUUCAAUUAAAAUUUUGGGAACCACCGAACCGGUUUCAGAAGUACUCAAUCAAAAUGACAAAUAAUUUCUAACUCACUCCAAAUAAUUUUAACUUGGAAUUUUUUCUUGUCUUUAUUUUUCAGUAAAAUUUUGGGAACCAUUGAACCGGUUUCAAAAAUACGUCUCGAACAAAAUAACGAAUUAAUUUCUGAUAAUUUGCGAUUUUUUCAUGUCUUUUUUUUCAAUUAAAUUUUGGGAACCAUUGAACCAGUUUCAAAAGCACUCGAUCAUUUUUUUUUUCAAUUAGAAUUUUGGGAACCACUGAACCGGUUUUAGAAGUACUCAAUCAAAAUGACAAAUAAUUUCAACUUGGAAUUUUUUCUUGUCUUUAUUUUUUAGUAAAAUUUUGGGAACCACUGAACCUGUUUCAAAAAUACAUCUCGAACAAAAUAACGAAUUGGUUUCUGAUAAUUUGCGAUUUUUUCAUGUCUUUUUUUUCAAUUGGGAACCAUUGAACCGGUUUCAGAAGUACUCAAUCAAAAUGACAAAUAAUUUUCAACUCACUCCAAAUAAUUUUAACUUGGAAUUUUUUCUGGUCUUUAUUUUUUAGCAAAAUUUUGGGAACCACUGAACCUGUUUCAAAAAUACAUCUCGAACAAAAUAACGAAUUGAUUUCCAAUCGAUUGAGAUUUUUUCAUGUUUUUUUUUUUCAAUUAAAAUUUUGGGAACCAUUGAACCGAUUUUAAAAGUACGCGAUCAAAAUGACAAAUAAUUUCUGACCCUCUGAACAGAUUUCAAUGUGGAAUUUUUUCGUGUCUUCAUUUUUUAGUAAAAUUUUGGGAACCACUGAACCGGUUUAAAAAAAUACUUGAACGAAAUAAUCAACGAACUGGUUUCUGACUAUCUUUAGAUUUUAGUUUGGGAUCUCUUCGUGUCUAAAUUUUUUCCAUUAAGAUUUUGGAAACCACUGAACCGGUUUCAAAGAAUACCCACCUUAUUGAUAUCCAAAUAAUUUUCAGCUCUCUUCAGGUUCAGUUUUGUAGAUUUUUUUCUCGACUCUGGAGAUUUUGGAAACCACUGAACCGUCUAAUUAAUUUCUUGCCAGUUUCAGAGACAUUUCAGAUUUUUUUUUUCAAUUCCACCUAUAAUCAAAUUGGUGGAAAUUGUUUGGGCAUCAUUGAACUGGUUUUCAAAAUUCUCGAGCAUCUUUCUUCGUCGAAUCGUCGAAGUUUCGCUAUUUUCACCCAAUUCUACAUCAUUUCCAAUUCUUUGCAACGGAAAAUGCAGUAUUUCUGAGACACCUUUAAGAAAAUAACUCGAUGUGGAAUUUUUCCUCGCCCACCUUUUGUUGCUCGAGCGUCUCGCGGAAUUCUCGUUAUUUUUGUUUACAUUCUCGACAUACUUACUUAUCGACGAUAACGUUAUCGAAACUACGAAGGUCUGAAAUCGCGAGAAAAUUUUGUGUUAUUUAAUCGUAAUCGAAUACGAGUAUUUUUAAUUGAUUGAUAAAAAUUAACUCGAUACGUAAUAACGUUUGAAUAAUUUAUAUACAUCUGGGUAUUUUAUUUAAUCGCGAGAAUACCUGCAAAAGAAGUGAAACUUUCAUCAUUUUUUUUCUCUCUCUCUCGUCAGCUACAUAUCCAAUUACUCGUAUUUUCGUUCAUUGUCAGCGAUCUUUCGUCACAAAUUUCCAAAUGGGAGAAAAAAUCGACCAAAAAAAUGAUAGGUGAUUUUAUUGAUAUGGGAUUAUAAAGUUUCAUUGUUUCUCAAGAGGAUACAUUCAGUUUUUGAUGUUUUCUCUUUUUUUGCCCUUUCGACGUCUCUUUUUCGAAAUUAUUAUACGAUAUUGUUGGACGAUUGCCGGAAAAAUUCAGCGUAUUAAUCGCACAAGUUCAUUGCAUUCCGUUUUCACUAACUUAGGCAUUUAAUUUAUUCGGCUUUUCGAUUGAUUUUUAAUAUUCAGUAUGGUAAUCGCGUUAAGGUAGGAAUUUUAUUGGAUAAAUUUUUCAGACCUUUUUAUUCGAUCGACUUUUACCUUUUUUUUUUUUUUUUUAGAUAUUUUUGUAUUUUAUUUUACUACUACUACUACGAUCGCACAAAGCCAUGAGAAAAUAUUAGUUGGUAAAUAUUCGAAAUCCGUAUGCUAAAGAACAAAGGUACAGAGUUACGCUGAUUACCAAGUCGUCAUCGUUCGCCAAAUAUUUAACGAGUAUUUACUUACCUGUUCUGCUGCCAGUGUGUACCUCGGGCUAGAGAUACCUUUUGAGUGCAGUUUAAACCUCCCCCCCACCCCCUCCUACUCCUGGGAAAGUUUCGCUCCGCGUGUAUUUGUUUUUGGAAAUUAUAACCAAGCAACGAGCAAUGAGCAUGGUGAAAUUUAACGUUGGUACGCUUGGCUUGUUUCUAUUGUCUUGGUUGCUUGUUUGGUUAUUUGGUUGGUGGUGGUGGUGGUAGUGCUGGGUAAAGAGCAAUUUAGAGAGUAAAUGCGGGUAUUUUGAAAGGUACCUGGCGGAGGUUUUUGUUUCGAUUCGUUAAGGAAUAAAAUUCAUAGUAUUGUCGAGAAUCAGAAUCAGUCGAGUCGGUUGAAUUUUGAGGUAACGUAUCGAUAUUUAUGUAACAGACAGGAUAUCAUGGAUGUAGGAUACUUGCUGCAUUUGGCGAACACUGGAGUACUAUUGGCUCACUUGUACCUAUAUUGCAAUUGUGCUGUGUAAAUUAUAUCGCAACAACACCAUUUUUACUUGUGUAUAUCCGCCAAACGACGAAUCUUUUAAGCUCGAUUAAGUUGUAAGAAGGCUCAAUAUUUUGUUUUUUUAUUUAUCGAUUUACACGAAUGCUUUGCAUUAUAUACCGUGUGUUCUGUUUUUACUCGUAGAGGUGAUGAAAAUUUGGCUGGCAGUGGCAAACUCGAAUUCCAGGUGUUUUGAAGAGUUUGCAGGGCUGGGAGUUUGGAAAGAGUGGAAUAAUAGCUGACCAAAAAAAAACUGAUGGUUGGAAUUGAGCGAGGAAUCUUUGAAAUGAAGUAUAGAGUAUGGUAAACUUCGCCAAAUUGUUGAAUAAUUUGAUUAUAGAGCAUGAGAAGUUCCACCAAAUGGUGUGAAAAAUUUGUUUUGGUGUUUAAUUGAAGAGGAUACGAAAUGUAGAAGAUUUAAACCCAUAUAUCUCUCUCAAUUUUUAUAUUUUUCUGUAAAAUAUGCUCAUUAGGGUGGAUGGCGAAAAAAAUUGUGGGAUUUUGACCAAAUUCAAUGCAGACCUUCAUUUUGAGUUGGAAGUCAUUCGGAAAAAAUUUAAGUUCCGAAGGUACAUCCAAAGGAGGGAAAUUACAUUUUCAAAAAAAAUUGUAAUUUUGAAAUUUUUUUUUAAAUACUUGUUUUUUUAUGAAAAAAUUAUAGUUUUUUUUCCAACAAAAAACAACUGGAAAUUCCAUUUUCUUUUUCAAAAAUGAAUCAAAUUUAAAAUAAAAAAUAACAAUUAAAGAAAUUCUUUUGAAAAUUUAAAAAAAAAAAUAUUUUACUUAAGUAAUUAUUGAAAAAAAAUUGAGUUUUGUUUUUUUUUCUCCUCAAAAAAUUCCAUUGUUUUUUCAACAAAAAAUACCGGAAAUUUCAGGUUUUAAAAGCAAAUAAUUAAUUGGUUUUUUUUUUUGAAAAAAUUCUCAAAAGUUGAGUAAUUUGGGAGGGGGGGGGGGAAUUUACAUCCAUUUUUUAAAAAUUGAGAUUAAAGCAUUCCAGAAAGUCUAGUAAAAAAAAAAAAAAAACUGAAACAACCAAAUUGAAAAAAAUUUUUUGGUUUAGGAAAAAAUGCAAUUUUUUCAAAAGCAAGUAAUCUUAGUUUUUUUUUUGAAAGAAUUCCAAUUUUUUUUUAAAAAUAACAUUUUUAUAACAAUGAGUUUUUGAGAAUUUUAGAAGGCAACAGACGACAAAUAAGAACCAGAAUUCCGAUUCAAAACCUUUUUGAUUUGGAAUUUUGGUUCCAGUUGCAGAUUUCUGGUAUCUUCCCAAAUUCUCAAGCUUUAUUUCAAAAAAAUCCAAAAAAUUCCAGUUUUUUUUUUCAAAUAAAAUUGUCUAAAAAAAAUUGGGUUGAAAAAAUUCUAGUUUUUUUCCCAAAAUGAUCCAAAAAUUUCCAGUUUAUGAAAAAAAUCUGUUGAAGAAUUUUUUUGAUGGUUUCAACCCCCCCCCAAAAAAAAUUGGGUUGAAAAAAUUCUAGUUUUUUUCCCAAAAUGAUCCAAAAAUUUCCAGUUUAUGAAAAAAAUCUGUUGAAUAAUUUUUUUUGAUGGUUUCAACCCCCCCCUCCCCUUCUUAUCAGAAUUUACACAUUCACAUAGGUUCGCACAUAUCUGACGACAGUUUUCAGUGAAAAUUUCAAAACUUUUGUGCCAUCCCCUCCACAAAUGGAAAAUAUUGAAUUUUGAGUGCGUAUAGGAUCAUAUUUCAUUGUUUGAAGGGAGGGGGGAGGUUAAAUUUUCAAAAUUGAGCAUACCAGAGACCGAUUUUUUGGUACAUUUUUUGGUUAAAUGCAAUUGAUACUGUUUUCAAGCGGAAAAGAAACAGAUUUGUUGUUCCUUUUCAAAUAUUCUCUCCAAAGGUAUUCAUAAUGAAGGAUUUAAAAUUUUUAAAUUGCGCAGCAUUAUCAGAAAUUAUAUUUUUGGGCACAGUUCUCUCUGCAGUAAAAUGACAACAAAAUAUGAUUGAAAAUUCUGUAUUGUGCGUACUUUCGACAAGUUCAAGAUGAAUUAGCUCAGGUGACCAAUGAACAAUUUCAAUUUUUUCAAUUGAGCAGCAUCAUUAGAAAUGAUCUCUUUAGGCACGGUUCUCUCUGCAAUAAAAGGACAAAAAAUGAUUAAAAAUUCUGCAUUGUGCGUACUUUUGACAAGUUCAAGGUGAAUUAGCUCAGGUGAUCAAUGAACGACUUGAAUUUUUUUUAAAUGUGCAGCAUUAUUCAGGAAUGAUCUUUUUAUAAGUGCAAAGAACAAUUUUUGGAAGGAAAAAGAAAAAGAUCUAGUAUGAGAAACAGACCACCAUUGUCGACCCUUCUGCAAUUGACACAUUUGUUCAACACCUUAAUGACCGCUUGUUUACCAUUCUUGAUCCAAUGUACAUGAAGAACUGUAGAAAAAAUGUUGUUAUUUUGAAUUGAAGGGAAAUCUGUGUAUGUCCAUGAAAAAAAUUACAAUCUUACACAUUGCUGAUAAGGUUUGGAUAUGUCCAGAAGGAUUUGUCAAGUAGCAGUCUGCAUGGGCCAGCCUGAAAACCCGAAACAAGCCUGAACACAACCAGAGCUGUGGGACCAAAAUGAUCCCGAAACCGGGACCGAUUAAAUCCUGAUUUAAAUCAGAUCCCAAAACCAAUCCCAAAACCAAAAUCGUUAUUUUUCUUGAUCCCAAAACUGAAAAAAUCCCAAAACCGAUAUAAUUUUGAACCCGAAACAAUCCCAGAAUCAAAACAAUAACAAAAUUGUUUCAGUUUCGGGAUUUCAAUUUUCGCAUUUUUUCCGCAAUUUUAUUAUGAAAAAUGGUCAUUUUACAUCAUUUAUCGUAAGUCAUUCAAAUUACAAUAAGAAUUACUCGACGAAAUCAGCAAAAUAUGCACAUAAAACGUUAAAAUAAUCGAACCAUUGGAUUUUUCACGUCAAAACCUCCCAUUUUUUUGGACCCCUGCAAGGUCCAUUAGUGAAUUUGGGCUUAAAAUUGGUUGAAAUGAAAAUCCCGAAACCGAAACCGAUUCAACCCGAAACCGAUUCAACCCGGAACCGAAACAAAUUUUUCAAUCCCAAAACAAAUCCUGAAACCGAAAUGAAAAUUUGAAUAACAAAUUCCAAAACGAAUUCAAACCUGAAAUGAAAAAAUUUCAAUCCCAAAACCAAAAUCCAAUUCCAAAAUCAUUUUGGUCCCACAGCUCUGAACUCAACACUACGCUCACUGCAAGUAAGUAACUCGAAUGAUCACUACAUUCAUGUUGGGUCUGGCUUAGUUUCAUUGGCACCCGAUACAAAUGUAGUAAUUGCACGAGUCACUCGCAGCAUAGCAUUGUGUUGGGCUCACGGGUCAGCCUGAAAACCUGAAAUGAGCCUGAACACAACACUAUGCUCACUGCAAGUACCUCUCAUGAUUACUACAUUCAUGUUGGGUCUGGCUUAGUUUCAUUGGCGCCCGAUACAAAUGUAGUAAUUGCACGAGUCACUUGCAGCGUAGCAUUAUGUUGGGCUCAGGGGUCAGCCUGAAAACCUGAAAUGAGCCUGAACACAACACUACGCUCACUGCAAGUAACUCUCAUGAUUACUACAUUCAUGUUGGGUUGGGCCUGGUUUCAUUGGCGCCCGACACAAAUGCAGUAAUUGCAUGAGUCACUCACAGUGUAGCAUUGUGUUGGGCUUAUGGGUCAGCCUGAAAACCCAAAAUGAGCCUGAACACAACACUACACUAGCUGCAAGUAACUCGCAUGAUCACUACAUUCGUGUUGGGUCCAGCUCGGUUUCAUUGGCGCCCGACUCAAAUGUAGUAAUUGCACGAGUCACUCGCAGCAUAGCAUUACAGGCUGGCUGGUGCAGACCACUAUUGUCGAGUCCUGAUUGAACAUUGGUUUGCUUUGUGCAUCUUGUGUGGUUCACUUUUGCUGCACCAAGAUGCAAAUUUUCAAUUUCUGGGCAUCUCAGAGCCUUAUCAGUGGCACACAAAGCUGAUUAUUUUUUUGGAUACUGCACAAAAUUACCUGUAAGGUAACGAUAUGUGAAACUCCCCUGUGGAAAUAUUUAACGUGAAUAUUCAUUAUCAAUACUUUAACAAAAUAAUGAUCUCGAGGCGAUAGUUUUGGAAAAUUACAAUCAUUGCUGAAAGGUUGCGAGGUUUGAAAACAACCACAACGAAGAAUUAUACCGUUACUAUCUCGAAAUAAAUUAAAUCCGACAUUUUUCUUAUCAAUAACGAUGAAGUUUUGGAAAUAUAAUUUGUACUUAAGUUGAGCUUGUUUCAAUCGAGCAAAACAAAUUAUACAGGAGUGAAGUUGUGAGAAGAGUUGUGAGACUGCUCAGCGACAUUUUGCAGUUUUCUUUCAAUAGAACACACAGUAUAUAAAUAAGUAGGUAGAGUUGCUGCGUAGAAUGUACAUAAUGUUAAAUAUGGUACCUUUACCUACUAUUUUUGCACAAGGGUAUAUCCAGCGUAAUUUAUAUACUCGAUUAGACGAGUGAAAAAAAACUAUUACUUACAAUUUACAUACAAUUAUUAUUUAAUACGUAAUACGACACACAGGUUAAAUUUAAUAAUGAGUAAAAGAAACAACAUAAUUGUAAGAUUUUCGAUUCUUCUUCUAUAUAUUUUUUUUUGUUGUUUUUUUUUCGUUCGUUUGGUUUCGUUUACCUAGUUUUUUUUUAUCAUUAUUAUUUAUUAUAUAAAUUAAUUUUUCCAUUUUGUAUAUGCAAUUCCUUUGGAACAGCUUGUUUUUUAUAUAAUCUUUUUCCAGCACACUUAUGUACCUAUCUCGAAGGUUUUUCUAAUUUAUAAGUUUAUUCUCUUUUAUCACUUAUCGUUUACCAUGAUUCUAGUCUAUGUUUUGACUGUGUAUUUGUAUUAUCUACAUAGUAUAAUAACGAGUUACACGUUAAUUUAUAUAAUUUUAUAAGCGCCAAGCUGACGAUAUACAAAGCAGUAUAUAAAAUCAAAAUAUACGUACUGAUAUGGCUAUAUAGAUAAUAUAUCCGAUGAGGUAAAUAUGUAAUCAUCUGGGACCACAAAUUUACUCGAAAGAAAAAAAAACUAUGCACACGUACGAGAGAAAUGACAACAAUGUAAAGUUGCUUGAAAAUCUCGACCAAAAAAAAAAACUGGUAGGUAAAUUAUUCGGUUUUGGCGGUGGUGUGUGGGUGUAUGUGAGAGUGCUGAAAAAAAAAACGUCAAGUAUAACCACAAUCAUUUUUCCCCUAGAAGUAAGCUAUAUAUCUAAGUACCUUUUUUUUUUUGAAUUAUUUUUUUAAGUAUGAUUUUUUUUUUACUUUUAUCGAUUUAUUGCGGAGUCUUUUUUUUUGUUUUGUUGUAUUUUUAAACGAUAUCGCUGCAUUUCUAUUCUGUGCGUAUCAUUCCGCGGUUUGCCGCCGACAACAUCGUUAAAGAUGAAGCGUAUUUUUUUCAAUUUUAUUUCUUUGUGUAUAUACAUAUCUCUCUCUCUCUCUCUCUUUCUGUCUGUCUCUGUUUCUGUGUGGUAGAAUAGGGUGUUUUUUUUUAUAUUAUUCAAAAAAAAAAAAACAAAUUUACAAAAGGCUUAGGAUGUGACUUCAGCGUUACACGUGCACAUAUUUUACAUUUAUUUAUUAUUUUGUAUAAAAAUGAAAAUUCAAAAUAUACAUUGACAACAUUAUAAUAUGAUACAACGUACAUAUAAAUAGGUAGUUCUGUUCUGUGUUUUUUUUUUUCGUUUUUUUUUCUCUUCUUCUGUACUAUUUAGCGAACCCUCUGUUAUUAAAUUAUUAAUAUAUUCAUCUUUCUAAGUGUAGUGAUUUUUUGUAUAAUUUUUAGUAAAAUAAAAAUUAUUGUUUAAAUCAAAAAA